CUAGUUAGACCAGUUGUCACAUUGUGCAUGGCACUGCAUCUGACUACAGAGUGUGUUGCGCUCGUGGCUGCGUUCAACAGGAGUCAAAAGACAAUCGCGCGCAUUUUAUAACUUAAAAGCGAUUUAAUUAAUGAUAGAGAAGACUACAGAAUUCGUUAGUCGGUUCAAUUUGCAUCGAUUCCCACCAGAUCGACCAUUUAUAAGUGGCAUGUUGCCGUUUUCCGCUUGAGCGAAAGACUCUCGCGCGCGUUUGGAACAGAGAGCAUCGCGCGCGGUCUCCAGUCCACUGAAGAUUUCUGGACAGUUUCGCUAUGGCACCGCCACAGAACGGAUCUAACCUAACGGGGAACUUUACAAACCAGUUCGUGCAGCCACCGUGGCGCGUCGCGCUCUGGUCUGUGGCGUACAGCUCCAUCCUGGCGACCGCGGUGUUCGGGAAUCUGAUCGUCAUGUGGAUCAUUCUGGCUCACAAGCGGAUGCGAACCGUCACCAAUUACUUUCUGCUCAACCUAGCGUUUUCAGACGCAUCGAUGGCCGCCUUCAACACAUUGAUUAAUUUUAUUUAUGCCACGCACGGUGACUGGUAUUUUGGAGAAGCCUACUGUAAAUUUCACAACUUUUUCCCCGUCACCUCCGUGUUUGCGAGCAUUUACUCCAUGAGCGCAAUAGCAGUCGACAGGUACAUGGCUAUCAUCCAUCCCCUGAAACCACGACUCUCAGCCACAGCCACUAAGGUGAUCAUUGUGUGUAUUUGGAUGCUGGCUGUGGUUUUGGCCUUUCCUCUGUGUUUCUUUUCAACCAUCAAAAAAUUACCCAAGCGGACCCUCUGCUACGUUGCCUGGCCGAGACCUUCAGAGGACCCUUUCAUGUAUCAUACCAUUGUGGCAUUGCUGGUGUAUGUUCUGCCCCUGGUGGUCAUGGGAAUUACCUACACUAUAGUCGGGUUGACGCUUUGGGGAGGAGAGAUUCCUGGAGACUCAUCAGACAACUAUCAGGGCCAACUGCGAGCCAAAAGGAAGGUGGUGAAAAUGAUGAUCAUCGUAGUGGUGACCUUUGCCAUCUGCUGGCUGCCAUACCAUGUAUAUUUCCUCGUUACAGGGUUGAACAAGCAGCUGGUUAGAUGGAAGUUUAUUCAGCAGAUCUAUUUGUCAGUCAUGUGGCUUGCCAUGAGCUCCACCAUGUACAACCCCAUUAUUUACUGCUGCCUUAACAGCAGGUUUCGGGCUGGCUUUAAACGUGUUUUCCGCUGGUGCCCUUUUGUGCGGGUGUCAGACUAUGACGAGCUUGAGCUGCGGGCCAUGCAGCAUAAAGUAGCGCGCCAGAGCAGCAUGUACACACUCUCACGAAUAGAGACCACCGUCGUAACCGUGUGUGACCCCUCAGAGCCAACCGGCCACACAGGCCGGAAGAGCCUUCACAACCACCAGCACAACGGCUGCUCCAACCCAACCAAGAGCAAAGAAGUAAAGUAUAUGCAGAGCGACUUGAAGGAGGAAUUCUGCUGAGAUAGACCUUUAAUGUAAGAUUCAUACCGAAGUAUCAAGCACAACCAUUUUAAGGAAUCCUCAUUCUGUAAAUUGGAAGAGAGUGAUGAGAAGUCAAAGGUAGACUGUUUAUUUUUGUCAUAUCAUGAAUUGAAUACGCUAAUAUAUAACACAUAAACAGCACCCUGAUAUAGUAAUUUAAAAAAAAAAUGUGUUUUAUGGAGCAUGUCUAGUGCACUUUGCUUCCAAAAAAUUUGAGUCACACCCAGCACUCAUCAUCCCAAAGACCAAUGUUAUCCAACAUCUGAGGAGCACUUAGUCUGUAGCAGAAAUCGUAGAUAGCAGCUGCCCUUUCAUGCCAAUCAGGUGCUGUUCUCUUUCAUCAUAUGGUUAGCAAGGUUAGCGUGCUACCUGAAUGCCAAAGUUUUGAUUUCUCCCGGGAGCUGAAUGCUCAGUUCUUGUUAAAAUAUCUAAUGUUUGAAAAGGUUCAGACUGAUCCUACAUCCCGUGCUAGUAAAUGAAUAGGUGCGUUGCCAGCACACGAGCAUGUCGUGUAGUGAAUUUUGUAAGCUUCAUAUUCGCUCAUUUAAUCUAAAACAUCUUAUGUAAUUGAUGAGAUGGUAAACCAAUUGUACAGCAUCUUAAUAGCAUAGCAAAGAUCAAUUUUGAAAUUUGACCUUGUUGUAGACAGAGUUGAUGUUUGGAAUAGCAUACCAGCAUAUUAAUGCUCCUGCAGUAUAUAUGCAGCUUUUCUGUUUGCAUGGAAUAUCUGGAUGACUUGCUUUUUUGGCAGAGAGUGCUGAGUUGGAUGUUGUAUUCCAAAAAGCAAUGCGCAUUACUUUUCAUACUUUCAUUUCCAAUAUUGAUGAAAGA